UGAAUCCAAAUAAUCCUAAUUGAUUUGUUGAUUGGAGGAUCAAGAGAGUCGAAGACAUGGGGACGACCGGCGGCGACGUGGAGGCCGGUUUCGCUAAGCUACAAGGCGAGGAUUUCGAGUACUACAUGCAAACAUACUCCAUCAUUCUAGGCCGCAACUCGAAGAAAUCCACCGUCGAUGUCGACCUCGCGAGUCUCGGCGGCGGCAUGAAUAUCUCCCGCCACCACGCCCGUAUUUUCUAUGACUUUACCCGCCGCCGAUUUGCUCUUGAGGUUCUCGGAAAAAAUGGCUGUCUUGUCGAGGGCGUCCUCCACCUUCCCGGUAACCCUCCUGUUAAGCUGGAUUCCCAGGACCUCCUCCAGAUUGGCGAUAAGGAGUUCUAUUUUCUGCUUCCAGUCCGUAGCAUCCUGGGCGGGCACGUAGGGCCCAGGCACUACGUUGCAGGAACCAAAGCCGGGCCCGUUGUUCCGCACUACAAUUACCAUUCCGGUGCUGAGACUGGACGUAUAAUGGGGGCCGUAGCCGGGGUUAAGAAGGGGAGUGGAAGGGAGCUUUACGAUGAGUACGAGGACGAGGAAGACGUUGGCAGUAGCAGUAAGAAGUUGAGAAGAGAGGGUUACGAAGGCUACAGUUACGGAACUGCUGGGUCUGGUGGUAAGGCCGAUUGCCUGGAUCAUGGAAAAAAAAAAUUGGAGGGAAGAUCUAGGAUCGAGCGAGAAUCAGACAGUCAGCAGCUUCUGAUUUUGGAAGAAAAGGAUGUUGUGUCAUCCGUGGCUACUGUGCUCUCCGAUCUUUGUGGUCCUGGGGAAUGGAUGCCUGUGGAGAAACUACACGCGGAGUUGGUGGAGCUAUAUGGCACUGUCUGGCAUCACAGUCGAGUAAGAAGGUAUCUCACAUCUAAGGACUGGUCCGGUCCUGAAUCCAAGGGGAAACCUUGGUGUGGCUUGCUAACGCUGCUAAGAAAAUACCCAGAAUACUUUGUCAUCAACACAAGGUCUACGGGUCGGGUUACGCUGGAGUUUGUUUCUCUCGUGUCUCUGGUUUCAUAAGCUUGGGAAACAUGGCAGGGCCUCAAUGGUAUUCGCUAACAUGCCUAUUCGUUCAUAAGCAAUAGACUUCACUGCUUGUGGAUCUCUGUCGUGUUGUUCAAACUGUGACUUCUUGCAACAGGUUAGGUUUAGACAGACCCACUUCGUUGGGCAAAAGUACAUGGAUGGCACGUAUCUGAAUUAAGUACCUGUUCUUUGUACUUUUUGUUUUUCCUAACAAAUUUGUUGUACAUGAUGUGUGUAUCACUUUAUUGUAUCGCACUUCUUUCUACAAUAAAAGAAUAUUUGCUUUUUGCA